UGAAACACUGCCACCUUGUGGAACAUCUCUUCCCACUACGCCCACUACGCGCGACGUGUACUUUUAGUUAGUGAUAACCAAAACGAAAUUAUUUGUAACUUUAUGAUUUAGACUUAAUAGCACCGAUUAAUGGCACAUAUUUCUAAUUUUCUUUCAACGCAAGUGGACCGAAAUCACUUCUAAGGACCAUUCAGGGUGUUUAAAAAGUUGGAUAACGGUCACGCUGCAGAUGACACUAGAAGCGUGUGUAUGGCGGGCCCGGUCCAGUUCCUCUGCAGGACGCUCCGGACUGUGGGACUGGUUCUCUUCUACUAUGUCUUCUCUAUUGGCAUCACCUUCUAUAACAAAUGGCUCAUGAAGGGCUUCCACUAUCCACUUUUCAUGACUUUAGUCCACCUGGCCCUCAACUUCUGCCUGUCGGCCCUGACCCGACAGGUCAUGCAGUGUUGGACAGGGAAGACUCGAGUUAUUCUGAGCUGGACGGAUUACCUCCGCAAAGUGGCUCCCACAGCCUUGGCGACCACACUGGACAUCGGACUGUCCAAUUGGAGUUUCCUCUUCAUCACCAUUAGCUUGUACACCAUGACCAAGUCUUCUGCAGUGCUCUUUAUUCUCUUUUUCUCGUUGGUCUUUAAACUGGAGGAGCCGAACCCAUUCCUGAUUGUCGUGGUCCUGCUGAUCUCCUGCGGCUUGUUCAUGUUUACGUUCCAAUCGACCCAGUUCAACAUGGAGGGCUUCCUCAUGGUGCUGCUGGCGUCUUUCAUCGGGGGGAUCCGCUGGACCCUCACUCAGGUGCUCACGCAGAAAGCGGAGCUGGGCCUCCAGAACCCAGUCGAUGCCAUGUAUCACCUCCAGCCUCUCAUGUUUCUUGGCCUCUUUCCUCUCUUCCUGUAUAAUGAAGGCUUGAGCAUUAGCACUUCUGACAAGUUAUUCCGGGGGACUGAGCUCUUGCCGCUCUUGCACUUGGUCUUCUUACUAAGCAUCGGUGGAGUUCUGGCUUUUGGUCUCGGCUUUUCAGAGUUCCUGCUCGUCUCCCGAACAUCCAGCCUGACGUUAUCCAUAUCAGGGAUCUUUAAGGAGAUAUGCACUUUGGUUCUGGCAGCAUCGGUGAUGGGAGACAAAAUGAGUGUCCUCAACUGGCUGGGCUUCGCCGUGUGUCUGUCUGGGAUCGCUUUGCAUGUCGGACUCAAAGUCCACUAUUCCAAAAACAAGAAUCAGUCCUUACGACAGCUGAACAGUAAGAGCCCAGAGCUUGAGUUGCCUUUGCUGCGACAUAAUGAUGAUGAAGACUCCGCUGCUGAAAAUGAAGACGAAAUUACCCUCCACUGAUAUCAUCAAAUAGCCCGAUGUCAGCCAGGUUUUUUUUUUCGCCUUCCUAAAACUGUUCCAUGUACAGCCUACUGCCAAGGGGGAAAGGUAACAAUCGUGUUGGUUCGUUUAAUUUAUAAUCAUUCCGUCAUUAUGGCUUAUUAAUGACUUGACCCAGAGAAGGAAGCAUGUGAAUCUGCUUUAUGUAGCUUUUCUAUUUCAGUGUCCACAUCAUAUUUCAGUGUCCACAUCAUAUGAUUGAAUUGUGAGAGAAUGAGUCUGAAAUUGUUCACAAUGCCAAAGUAACAUUUGGAGUAUUGCUAUAGAAAGCAUAAAGGCUCGUAAUUGUCAUAUUAAAUUUCUUGUAACCCAUUAAAGUUGUCAACCAACUUAAAAAUACAGUAACAGUCCUUAGAGUACUGUAAAGGGGUUUAUGGCCUCUUCUCAAAUUAUUUUCUUUUGCUUUUUUUGGAUCAAUAAACAAAUGUAAUAUAAACCAAGUAGACGUAAACACAAAAUGGAGUUUUUAAAAGGUUGGUGAAAAAAUAUUCAAAUCUGUGUUUUAUCUUUACGUGGCUUAUUUUUAUGUUAUACGUACAUUUGUUUGCUGUUCUUAAACAUCGUACAUUCCCCUAAUCCUGAUGUGUUUUAAGUGAAGUGCACCUAUAUGGAAAAAGUCUCACUCCUUUGACAUCAACCUUUUGUAGGGAAAAAGGUGCUUGGAAACACAUUUCCACAAAUUAAUUCAUUUUAAAUGGCAAAUUAUCAGAUACCACUUUGGCUUAAAUUUCAGAUCCUAAUUCAACCCAAAUGUGCCUUAUUUACCUCACACUUUUCAAUUAAGAUAAGUUUAAUAGAAAUGUACAAUCCGGUCUUUGGUAUACAUGGAAAAUGUUUAUUAUUAUUAAAUAUUUUUUGUGGGAUCCUGAA